AUGGUUGAGUCCUCGUCAAGGUUGCUGUGGUAUCCCAGCUUCGCUGUUCACUUCUAGCUUGACCGCGCGCCAGCCACAACGCAAGACACUCCGCUUCUGGCUGAGGAACGGAGGUUGUCCCAAAAAAAAAAAAAAAAAAAAAAGCUUCAUGUGAACAUGAAAAUAAAUGACACCGAGGGUUUUCACAUCUGGUCAACAGAGGUCCUAAACAUUUUCAAGAGAGGAUGUAUUAAACGUGGUCCGGUGGACUUUUUUCAGGCAAAGAAAAUGAGGAUUAAAACUGGAGUUAUAUUUUGGAAUCUUGUGUUUUUUAUGAUGGUCACGUGUGUGAGAGGUUUCAUACAUACUUGUGGUGGGACAUUAAAGGGAAGGAAUGGGACCAUUGAAAGCCCCGGUUUUCCGUACGGAUAUCCCAAUGGGGCGAACUGUACUUGGGUUAUUGUUGCAGAGGAAGGCAACCGCAUUCAAAUAGUCUUUCAGUCCUUUGCCGUGGAGGAGGAAUAUGACUUUUUGUCACUGUACGACGGGCAUCCUCACCCGACCAACUUCAGGACAAGGUUAACUGGUUUCCAGAUACCACCACCAGUCACGAGCACAGGUUCCGUCUUCUCGCUGCGACUCACCAGCGACUUCGCCGUGAGCGCCCACGGCUUCAAAAUAUAUUACGAAGAGCUUCAGAGCAGUUCCUGUGGGAACCCAGGUGUCCCGCCUAAAGGCAUCCUGUACGGGACACGUUUCAACGUGGGCGACAAGAUACGCUACAGCUGCGUAACAGGCUACGUUUUGGACGGCCAUCCCCAGCUAACGUGCGUGACCAACGCAGGCAAUGCUGCCGUCUGGGACUUCCCUGUGCCCAUAUGCCGAGACUUCCAGACGGAGGAAAAAUACGACUACUUGGAGGUGGAGGGGUCCGAGCCGCCGACGAUAUGGUUAUCGGGAAUGAACGUCCCUGCCCCUAUUGUCAGCAACAAGAACUGGCUGAGACUACACUUUGUAACCGACAGCAACCAUCGAUACCGAGGCUUUAACGCUCAUUAUCAAGUGAAAAGAUCCGUAGAUUUUAAAUCUAGAGGAGUAAAAUUAUUCCCAGGCAAAGACAACAGCAACAAGUUUUCUAUCUUGAACGAGGGAGGAAUCAAACAGGCGUCCAACUCGUGUCCAGACCCAGGAGAGCCAGAGAACGGAAAGCGCAUUGGCUCUGAUUUUAGCAUCGGGGCCACUGCUCAGUUUACCUGUGAUGAAGACUACGUUCUGCAGGGCUCCAAGACCAUUACCUGUCAGAGGGUGGCCGAGGUGUUUGCUGCAUGGAGUGACCACCGGCCUGUCUGCAGGGUGAAAACAUGUGGGUCAAACCUUCAGGGUCCAGCUGGUACGUUCACCUCGCCUAACUUUCCCAUCCAGUAUGAGAGCAACUCCCAGUGUGUGUGGAUCAUCACAGCCAGCGACCCAAACAAGGUAAUUCAGAUUAACUUUGAAGAGUUUGACCUGGAGCUGGGUUACGAUACUCUAACCAUCGGCGAUGGAGGAGAAGUUGGUGACCCCAAGACAAUACUGCAAGUUCUGAGUGGCAGCUUUGUUCCUGACCUCAUAGUCAGUAUGACCCAUCAAAUGUGGCUGCACCUUCAGUCAGACGAGAGCGUGGGUUCCAUCGGCUUCAAAAUUAACUAUAAAGAAAUCGACAAAGAGAGCUGCGGCGAUCCCGGGACCCCUCUGUACGGGACGAGGGAAGGGGACAGCUUCUCCAACGGAGAUGUCCUUCGCUUCGAGUGCCAGUUUGGCUUUGAGCUGAUCGGAGAGAAAACCAUCUCCUGCCAAAAUAACAACCAAUGGUCUGCCAACGUUCCCAUUUGCAUCUUUCCAUGCCUGUCAAACUUCACUGCUCCGAUGGGAACAGUGCUAUCUCCAGACUAUCCAGAAGGUUAUGGAAACAACCUGAACUGUGUGUGGCUGAUCCUGUCGGAACCGGGCAACCGGAUCCACCUAGCAUUCAAUGACUUUGAUCUGGAAGCUCCCUAUGACAUCCUGACGGUGAAAGACGGUGAGCUGCUGGACUCCUCCGUCCUGGGACGCUUCACAGGGACCGAAGUCCCUUCCCACCUCACCAGCAACGCCAACAUCCUGAGGCUGGAGUUCCAGGCCGACCACUCCAUGUCUGGCCGGGGCUUUAACAUCACCUACAGCACUUUCGGUCACAAUGAGUGUCCUGACCCCGGAAUCCCACUAAACGCCCGGCGCUUCGGGGACAACUUCCAGCUCGGCAGCUCCAUUUCGAUCAUCUGUGAGGACGGCUUCAUUAAGACCCAAGGUACCGAAACGGUCACCUGCGAGCUGGACAGCGGCAAAGUGAUGUGGAGUGGGCCCAUCCCUAAAUGUGAAGCUCCUUGCGGGGGUCAUUUUUCAGCACCGAGUGGGGUCAUUCUGUCCCCUGGGUGGCCAGGCUACUACAAGGACUCACUCAGCUGCGAAUGGGUGAUAGAGGCGGAGCCUGGACGCUCCAUCAAAAUCACAUUUGAAAAAUUUCAGACCGAGUUAAACUGCGACUUUCUGGAGCUCCACGACGGUCCCAACCUCCUCUCUCCUCUGAUUGGCUCGUUCAACGGUACCCAGGUGCCCCAGUUCCUGUUCAGUAGCAGUAACCACCUGUACAUGCUCUUCACCACAGAUAACAGCCGCUCCAACAGCGGCUUCAAGAUCCUCUACGAGAGUGUAACAGUGGAUGCUUACUCUUGUCUGGACCCUGGGAUCCCCGUCAACGGGCUCCGCUACGGACAGGACUUCUCCAUCGGCUCCACCGUAUCCUUCGGCUGCGACUCGGGCUAUCGGCUCAGCCAUGAGGAGCCGCUAGUCUGUGAAAAGAAUCAUUGGUGGAGCCACCCGCUACCUACCUGUGACGCACUCUGUGGGGGAGACGUUCGUGGUCCAGGAGGCACCAUCCUGUCCCCUGGGUACCCAGAGGUGUACCCCAGUUCUCUGAAUUGCACCUGGACCGUGGAAGUCAGUCACGGCAAAGGGGUCCAGUUCACCUUCAACACCUUCCACCUGGAGGAUCACCAUGACUACCUGCUUAUCACGGAGAACGGGAGUUUUGUGCAGCCGCUGGCCCGCCUCACAGGCUCAGAGCUGCCGUCGCCCAUCAAUGCGGGCCUCUAUGGAAACUUCAAAGCCCAGCUCCGCUUCAUCUCUGACUUCUCAAUCUCCUAUGAGGGAUUCAACAUCACCUUCUCAGAGUACAACUUAGAGCCGUGUGAGGACCCCGGGGUCCCACGUUUCGGCAGGCGCAACGGGUACAGCUUCGGCAUCGGCGACACGCUCACCUUCUCCUGCAAUAUGGGAUACCGUCUGGAGGGGGCGCCAGAGAUCAUUUGCCUGGGAGGGGGGCGGCGUAUGUGGAGUGCACCUCUUCCAAGGUGUGUGGCUGAGUGCGGAUCAUCCGUCAUCAAUAAUGAGGGGAUACUGCUGUCACCGAACUACCCCAUGAACUAUGACAACAACCACGAGUGCAUCUACAGCAUCCAGGUGCAGGCUGGGAAGGGCAUUAACAUAUCUGCUAGAACCUUCCAUUUGGCCCAAGGGGACAUUCUGAAGAUUUAUGACGGGAAAGACAACGCGGCCCACGUCCUCGGGGCGUUCACGGGAUCAGCCAUGCUCGGCCUGACGCUCAUGAGUACAUCUAACCAUCUGUGGCUAGAGUUCUACUCCGACACCGAGGCCACGGGCGAAGGCUUCAAGCUGGUCUAUUCCAGCUUUGAACUGUCUCACUGUGAAGAUCCCGGAGUGCCCCAGUUUGGCUUCAAGGUCAAUGACCAGGGACAUUUCUCUGGUAGCACCAUCACCUACAAGUGUGACCCCGGCUACACCCUGCACGGCAGCGGUGUCCUAAAGUGUAUGACAGGGGAGCGGCGGGCCUGGGACAACCCACUACCCUCCUGCAUAGCUGAAUGCGGGGGACGAUUCAAAGGCGAGUCGACCGGUCGCAUCCUGUCGCCAGGUUACCCCUUUCCCUAUGACAACAACCUGCGCUGCACGUGGGUCAUCGAGGUGGACUCAGGCAACAUUGUCAGUCUGCAGUUUCUUGCCUUUGACACGGAGGCGUCCCACGAUAUCCUGAAGGUGUGGGACGGGCCUCCUGAAAACGAGAUGUCUUUGCGGGAGGUGAGCGGAUCUCUGCUUCCCGAGGGCAUCCACAGCACCCUAAAUUUGGUGACCAUCCAGUUUGAGACUGACUUCUACAUCAGUAAAUCCGGUUUCGCCAUCGAAUUCUCCAGCUCCGUGGCCACAGCCUGCAGGGACCCGGGAGUACCCAUGAACGGCAGUCGGAAUGGGGACGGAAGGGAGCCUGGAGACACAGUGACAUUCCAGUGUGACCCAGGAUACGAGCUGCAGGGAGAGAUGAAAAUCACCUGUAUCCAGGUGGAGAAUCGUUAUUAUUGGCAGCCCAGUCCACCAGUGUGUAUAGCGCCUUGUGGGGGAAAUUUGACCGGGUCCUCCGGGUUUAUCCUUUCGCCAAACUACCCUAACCCAUACCCCCACAGCAAGGACUGUGAUUGGCUCAUCGCUGUCAACUCUGACUACGUCCUGUCCUUGGCAUUCAUCAGUUUCAGCAUCGAGCCCAACUACGACUUUUUGUACAUUUAUGACGGGCCGGACAGUAACAGCCCGCUGAUAGGGAGCUUCCAGGACAGCAAGCUUCCAGAACGGAUAGAGAGCAGCUCCAACACCAUGUACCUGGCCUUCCGCAGUGACGGCUCUGUCAGCUUCACCGGAUUUCACCUGGAGUACAAAGCCAAGCUGCGCGAGUCCUGUUUCGACCCAGGUAACGUGAUGAACGGAACACGGCUAGGCAGCGACUAUAAGCUGGGUUCCACUGUGACGUUCUACUGCGAGGCCGGAUAUGUUCUCCAAGGCUACUCUACACUCACGUGCAUUAUGGGGGAUGACGGGAGACCAGGCUGGAACAGAAUACUACCAAGCUGCCAAGCACCAUGUGGGAGCCGUUCCACAGGCUCAGAAGGAACAGUGCUGUCUCCGAACUUUCCCAGGAACUACACUGCAGGACACAGCUGUGUGUACUCCAUCUCAGUGCCCAGGGAAUUUGUCUUGUUUGGGCAGUUUGUCUUGUUCCAGACGUCUCUGAAUGAUGUGGUGGACAUUUACGAUGGGCCUACCCAGCAGUCCCCACUGCUGUCGUCUCUGUCUGGCUCCCAUUCAGGAGAGUCACUGCCCUUGAGCACGGGAAACCAAAUAACCAUCAAGUUCACGACCGUGGGUCCGGAGACAGCUAAGGGCUUUCACUUUGUGUACCAAGCUGUUCCCAGGACCAGUGCCACUCAGUGCAGCUCCGUGCCAGAGCCCCGCUUUGGCAGACGGAUCGGAAACGACUUCGCCGUGGGCGCCUUGGUGACGUUCGAGUGCAACCCCGGCUACACGCUGCACGGCUCCAGCGCCAUCCGCUGCGAGACGGUGCCCGACGCCCUGGCGCAGUGGAAUGACUCGCUGCCUACUUGCGUGGUGCCUUGUGGAGGGGUUCUGUCAGCACGAAAAGGGACCAUCCUGUCCCCAGGUUACCCUGAGCCCUAUGACAACAAUCUCAAUUGUGUGUGGAAGGUCUCAGUGCCAGAGGGAGCCGGAAUCCAAAUUCAAGUGGUGAGCUUUGCCACUGAACACAACUGGGAUUCCCUAGAUUUCUAUGAUGGAGCAGACAACAAUGCCCCAAGAUUGGGCAGUUAUUCAGGUACCACCAUCCCGCAACUGCUGAACAGCACUUCUAAUAACCUGUACCUGAACUUUGUGUCGGACAUCAGCGUAUCUGCGGCAGGCUUCCACCUGGAGUACACAGCCAUUGGCCUGGAUUCAUGUCCCGAACCUCAGACUCCCACCUAUGGGAUUAAAAUGGGCGACCGCUACAUGGUGGGAGAUGUGGUACAGUUUCAGUGUGAACAAGGUUACUCCCUACAGGGAAAUGCACACAUCACCUGCAUGCCAGGACCGGUUAGGAGAUGGAAUUACCCCGUCCCGCUCUGCCUUGCUCAGUGUGGGGGGACCAUGACAGAUUUUAGCGGUGUGAUUCUAAGCCCUGGGUUUCCUGGCAACUACCCCAGUGGACUGGACUGCACCUGGACCGUGAGCCUUCCCAUUGGCUUUGGGAUCCACUUACAGUUCCUGAACUUCUCCACCGAGGCCAUUCACGACUACCUAGAGAUCCGAAGUGGAUCACCGGAGACGGGCACCGUGAUCGACAGGUUCAGCGGACCUCAGGUCCCAGAAUCUCUCUUCAGCACCACACAUGAGACCAGCUUCUUUUUUCAUAGCGAUUACUCUCAAAACAAGCCUGGAUUCCACAUCACGUACCAGGCUUACCAGUUGCAAAGCUGCCCUGAUCCACGACCUUUCCGGAACGGCAUUGUCAUUGGUAAUGACUUCAGCGUGGGCAUGACGGUGUCUUUUGAGUGUCUCCCUGGUUACUCCCUCAUCGGCGAGGCGUCACUCACCUGUCUUCACGGCAUCAGUCGCAACUGGAACAAUCCAGUGCCACGCUGCGAAGCUCUCUGUGGAGGUAACAUUACCUCCAUGAAUGGCACCAUAUUCUCCCCUGGCCAUCCCGCGGAGUACCCCAACUUCCAGGACUGCGUUUGGAGUGUGAGGGUGCCUCCAGGCAACGGAAUCUACAUCAACUUCACGGUGCUCAGCACGGAGCCCAUCUAUGACUUCAUCACUGUCUGGGAUGGGCCCGACACAGGCUCUCCACAGAUUGGUCAGUUCAGUGGGAACACAGCGCUGGAGUCGGUCUAUAGCACGUCCAAUCAAAUCCUUAUCAAGUUCCACAGUGACUUCAGUGGGAGCGGCUUCUUUGUCCUCAGUUAUCAUGCCUACCAGUUACGUGUGUGCCAGGCUCCCCCUGAAGUCGCCAAUGCAGAUGUCUUAAUGGAGGAUAACGAGUUUGAGAUAGGUGACAUAAUCCGGUACCGUUGUCACCCUGGCUUCACCCUGGUGGGGAGUGAGAUUCUUACAUGCAGACUUGGGGAGAGACUCCAGAUGGAUGGUCCCCCUCCCUCAUGCCAAGUUCAGUGCCCGGCUCACGACGUGCGAUUUGAUUCGUCGGGCGUCAUCCUAAGCCCCGGUUACCCCGACAGCUACCCCAACCUCCAAAUGUGCUCGUGGAGCAUUAACGUGGAGAAAGGCUACAAUAUCACUCUGUACUUCGAGUUCUUUCAAACCGAAAAGGAGUACGAUGUCCUGGAAGUUUUCGACGGUCCCACAAUCCAUAGCCAAACCCUUGCGACUCUGAGUGGUGACCUUCCUACUCCUUUCAACAUCACCACCACUGGGCACCAGCUGCUGCUUCGCUGGUCAGCUGACCACGGCACCAACAAGAGGGGGUUCCGCAUCCGCUAUGUCGCUCUGUACUGCAGUACUCCAGACUCCCCGCUCCAUGGUUCCAUCAGCAGCCAGACCGGUGGCCACGUCAACAGCGUGGUGAGAUGGGCAUGCGACCGCGGCUACCGGCUCAUCGGCAAGAGCACGGCGGUGUGCAAGAAGACCCCUUACGGCUACUACGAAUGGGACGCGCCUGUCCCCGCCUGUCAAGCUGUAUCCUGCGGAGUGCCCAAGGCCCCGGUGAACGGGGGAGUGCUGACAGUGGACUACUCAGUGGGGACACGUGCGACCUACUUCUGUAACGACGGGUACCGGCUUUCUUCCAAGGAGCUGACCAGCGCCAUCUGCCAGCCUGAUGGCACGUGGAGCAACCACAACAAGAUCCCCCGCUGCUCAGUGGUGGUAUGCCCUAGCAUUGGAUCGUUCUCUCUCGAACACGGGAGGUGGCGGAUCGUCAAUGGCUCUCAUUACGAGUACAGGACGAAAAUCAUCUUCAGCUGUGACCCUGGCUACUACAGACUUGGCCCCGCCCAUAUUCAGUGUAUGACCAAUGGGGCCUGGAGCUGGAAGAAUGAAAGACCCCAUUGUCAAAUCAUAUCCUGCGGACAGCUUCCCACCCCUCCUAAUGGGAAAAAGAUUGGGACACAGACCACCUUUGGGGCCACAGCCAUAUUCACGUGUGACCCGGGUUACAUGCUGGUGGGCUCGACCGUACGGGAGUGCCUGUCAUCUGGCCUCUGGAGCGGAACAGAAACACGUUGCCUCGCCGGUCACUGCGGUGUGCCUGAGCAGAUUGUCAACGGUCAGGUGAUCGGGGAGAACUUCGGCUACCGUGACACGGUGGUGUACCAGUGCAUCCCUGGCUUUCGGCUCAUUGGUUCCUCUGUGCGAAUCUGCCAGCAGGAUCACAACUGGUCAGGACAGCUGCCAGUCUGCGUCCCCAUCAGCUGCGGCCACCCCGGCAGCCCCAUCUACGGCCGCACCAUCGGCAACGGUUUCAACCUGAACGAUGUGGUGAGCUUCUCCUGCAACACGGGAUACGUGAUGGAGGGCCCCUCAAGGGCCCAGUGCCAAGCCAAUCGCCAGUGGAGCCAGCCACCUCCAACGUGUAAAGUGGUCAACUGCUCAGAUCCGGGGAUCCCUCCCAACUCGAUCAGACAGAGCAAGAUCGAACACGGCAACUUCACCUUUGGCACCGUGGUUUUUUACGACUGCAACCCUGGCUAUUACCUCUUUGGUUCUCCUGUGCUUACCUGCCAACCCACAGGCCAGUGGGACAAACCGCUGCCUGAGUGCAUCAUGGUGGACUGCGGUCAUCCAGGAUCCCCUCCCAACGGGGAACUGAGUGGGGAUAAGUUCACUUUUGGCUCCACGGUGCGUUACAGCUGCAAGGGCGGCCGGCAGCUGAAGGGCGAGUCUUCACGGACCUGCCAGCUCAACGGCCACUGGAGUGCACCCAUGCCCUUCUGUUCAGGUGAUUCUUCCGGAACAUGCGGGGACCCAGGCACUCCUUCUCAUGGCAGUAGGGAGGAGAGCGACUUCCGUGUCCGCAGUAAAGUUCACUUCAGCUGUUCCACGGGCUACACGCUUUUUGGCUCGGCUGAGAGAAUGUGCCUCCCCAACGGCACCUGGUCUGGAACCCAGCCCUCCUGCAAACCGGUCCAGUGUGGAAACCCCGGGACGCCCAGUAACGGGCGCGUGUUCCGUCUGGACGGGACCACGUUCUCUCACUCCGUCAUCUACUCCUGCAUGGAGGGCUACAUACUUACCGGCUCCACCACGCGACAGUGCCAAGCUAACGGCACCUGGUCUGGUAGCGCGCCCAACUGCACCAUGAUCAACUGUGGCAACCCAGGUGUGCCUGCGAACGGGAUCAGGUACGGCGAGGACUUCACCAUCAGCCAGAACGUGACUUUUGUCUGCCAGCCCGGAUACACCACGGAGACCGACACCUCCCCUGUUCGCACCUGCACUGGGAACGGCACCUGGAGCGGCCCGGUACCCUUCUGCAAAGCGGUCACCUGUGCCGCCCCACCUGCCAUCUCGAACGGGCUGCUGGAGGGCACCGACUUUGAGUGGGGCACCAGUGUGAGCUACAGCUGCUCCCCGGGCUACGAGCUGUCCUUCCCUGCCAUCCUGACCUGCGUGGGCAACGGCACCUGGAGCGGAGAGGUGCCCCAGUGCCUGCCCAAGUUCUGCGGUGAUCCAGGGAUUCCCGCUCACGGUUUCAGAGAGGGCCGAAGCUUCAUUUACCAGUCUGAGGUGUCCUUCAGCUGCAGCCCCCCCUACGUCCCGGUGGGGAGUACUACACGCAUCUGCCAGGCAGAUGGGACAUGGAGUGGCUUACAGCCGCGAUGCAUAGAACCAACCCGUACCACCUGUGAGAACCCUGGGACACCACGCCAUGGUUCUAUGAACAGAACACUUGGAUUUAAGGUCGGAAGCAUGGUGGCUUUCCAGUGCCAGCCCGGGCACCUGCUCCAAGGCUCCACCACCCGGCAGUGCCAGGCCGACCUGACGUGGAGCGGAACGCAGCCUGAGUGCAUCCCCCACAACUGUAAGCAACCAGAGAACCCUCCUCACGUCGACGUGGUGGGGAUGGACCUGCCGUCCUACGGCUACACCCUCAUCUACUCCUGUCAGACGGGCUUCUUCCUGUCGGGGGGUUCUGAGCACCGUGUCUGUAGGUCCGACGGAACCUGGACGGGGAAGAUGCCCGUGUGUCGAGCUGGCUCCAAAUUAUCGGAGAAGCCCAUUAAACCAGUCGCCGGGACACCCAGUCCAAAGCUGAAUGUCCCGGAUGAUGUAUUCGCUCCAAACUACAUCUGGAAGGGCUCUUUCAACUACAAGGGAAGGAAGCAACCGAUGACGUUGACUAUUACAAGCUUUAACGCAACCACGGGAAGAGUUAACGUCACGUUAACCAGCAGCAACAUGGAAUUACUGCUUUCAGGUGUCUAUAAGAGCCAUGAGGCACGACUGAUGCUGCUCAUGUACCAUGUGUCUGCUCCCACAACGCCCAGCAACAUCAAAGACGAGCAGUGGUCCUUGGACGGUUUUGUGUCUGCAGAACCGGAUGGUGCCACCUAUGUUUUUCAAGGCUUCAUACAGGGUAAAGACUACGGCCAGUUUGGACUACAGAGGCUAGGUCUAAACAUGUCAGAAAGUAAUAACUCAUCAAAUCCACCACAUGGUACAAACAGUAGCUCCGUGGCCAUAGCAAUUCUUGUGCCUUUUUUUGCCCUGAUAUUCGCAGGCUUUGGAUUUUAUCUCUACAAACAGCGGACUACUCCCAAAACCCAGUACACCGGCUGCUCAGUCCACGAAAACAACAACGGACAGGCCGCCUUCGAGAACCCCAUGUACAACACCAAUGCAAAGUCAGUGGAGGGAAAAGCAGUUCGUUUCGACCCCAACUUAAACACCGUCUGCACAAUGGUAUAA